CGCAAAAUGUGGAGCACUGGAGGAAAGACAAAGGCCGCGGCCCCGACGUCCAUGGCGCCUCCGCUCUUCAGCAUGUCCAAAGGCCCUGCCACGAAGGCAGCUCCGGCGCCGGCCGCGAGCGUUGCCAAAGAGGCCAAGGCCGCAGCCCCUGCCAGCGGCGGUCUCAAGUCCGUCCUCGGCUUGGCAAGCUCGAUCGCGCCGGCGGUGCUGGCCAACGUGCUGCCCGAGAUCCAUGUCAACCUCAUGUGCGCGCACGAAGCGACGGGCUCCAUCGUAGUGCUGGGUGCGAAAGGUCGCCUUUGCUACGUCAACAUGCAACAUGCGGCGCCCAUCUUGCACGAUCUGACGACGACGCCGGCGAUGGCAUUGACCCUGGCGACGGCCACUGGCUUGUCCUUCAACCCGUCUGGCACGCGCAUCCUCGUUGAGGCGUCGGCUAGCAAUGCAACGCCAGGAAGCGACUUGUAUACCUUUGAGCUCCCGUUCGGCGCUCGCAACGCGCCGUCGACAGGCGAGCGCGUCCUCGUCAAGUUCAAGGACGGUACGAGCCGCGCCGUGACGCUCUCCAAGAAACAGGGCGUGGAUACCUUGCAGCGCGCUAUGGACGCACUCACAUGCGACGAGCGAGCGAACGUCAAGACUGUCUGCCAAGACGUCUUCGACAUCGACCUCCAGCGCGUGUCGCUGCCACCCAACGUCCGCAGCCGGCACGCGCUCUGGCAUCCGCUGAGCGACGCGCAUGUCGCUAUCCUAACGACCAUCGAAGACCUUCGGCUUGUGGACGUCCAAGAUGACACGACCGACCAAGUCCAUGCGCUCGAAAGCGCACCAACGACGUCCUCCGCAGUGCACUCGACCGCGAUUGCGUUUGGCCCGUCCACGGGGUGGGAAGCGUUUACCGUGUACAUCCUUCGCUCCAACGGCGACGUCUACGCCCUCAACCCGUUCGUGCCGUCGAUGAAAGCAGCGGUCGCCACGUCGCUUCUCGUCUUUCUCAAGCAAAAGACCGAGGCGCUUCUCGCGACUGCAUCCUCCCAGGAAGCCAUCGUCGUGCUCAAGGCGCAACGCCACUGGCUCGACGAGCUCUGGCCGACGGCGGCACCGCGCCCGGCGGUUAGCAAGUUUAGCGCUCCGCUCCAUGACGAGGAAGACGAACCCCGUCCGGCACCACUUGUGCCCACGACACGCAUCAGCACCACGUCCGGCCUCCGCCCGCACACGUGGCCGCUUCAGCUCCAAGGUCCGUUCACGCGCGCGGGGUCGUCGUGGCCAAAGCCGUCCGACGCGGCCGCGCGCUCGCUGCGUGCGGUCCCGUACCCUCUGACGGACAACAACAUUGGCCAGCACCCAGUGCUCGCGGUCGCGUAUUCGUCGGGCCAUGUGGAAAUCGUGCUGCUGGCGAAAGAAGCGCGGCCACUGUGGCAAUCAAGCCACGUGUCGCCGCCGCCGCCAUCGCCGCUGUACGUGGUCGAGUGCCUCGAUCUCGGGACCGACGCGAACGGCGGCAAGGCGGAGCUCACCGCCAAGGCCCAUUUGCCCUACUUUGUCUACGUCGUGCAUUCCACCAGCGUCCACGUCAUCCACGCCCACUGGAUGCGGGAGCCCCUCACGGGCCCUGUGACGAGCGCGGUGCGUCGCGUGUUUUCCGUGUCACCCAACGCACUCGCGUCGUCGCAUGCGAUUGGCGCGUCGGUUCUCCACACGGUCGAACUCGGUCACUUGAUUGUGGUCCAGCUCGUCUCGGGGGCGUUUGAGAUCGUCAACGUCAGCGCCGCGGUCGUACCCAGCGUCGCCGCCACCAAGCUGCGGUCGCCGCCAACGCCCACCGCGUCGCUGGUGCCGCUGCGUGAUCUUGUCGACGCCACUCAAUCCAAGCGCCCGUCGACGACGACAGCGCACGUGGCCGGUGCGACGCCGCUGUCGCAUGCGACCAUGGCGACGGUCCAGUUCACCUUGGACCAUGUCCGGCAGCUCAAUGACGAGGUCGCGUACCUCCAAGAACUCCAGCUGCUCGCGUCCAACCGGCUGAGUCUGCACAAAGAGAUGGCGACGAAGCAGGCGUCGUCGAUGGCGGCGCUCCAGAAGCACAUUGCGGCGCUCGAAGCGUCGACGAUCGCGCUCUCGGACCGCGUCAAGCACGUGCAAGCGACGCAGAUGCGGCUCAAUGCGCGCGCGGCCGCCGCGCUCCAAGCCAUUCGCGACAACCAAAUCGUAGUGACCAAGGCCGAGAUCAAGUACAAGGAGGACCUUGUCGAGAUGCAGACGCAAGUGCGCCGGCUCACGCCGCAAGUGGUGCAAAUGAACAUGGACGCCGAAAAGCUGCUGCGGACGGCCAAGCCGACGACGUCGACAGCACCGCGCUCGUUCUCGGACGAGAAGGAGCGCAUGGUUCACGACGUCUUGACCGCCGAGACGCAGCUCAUCGCAGACGCCAAAGCGAUUCUGAACGACCUCAGUGACAAGGUCGAAAAGAUCAAGCUCUCGGUCGCGUGAGGUGCAUAUCUAAGAUUUAAAAAACAGCGCGGACUUUGUAUUAAAUAAGAAGAUAAAGAGCAUUAGACGGUCGAGCUGCGUGGGCACGACGCGUCGACAAACUGGCGCUGGAGCUUCUCCAUCGCCGACUCGUGCCGCAUGCGGGACGUCGUCGGCAUGCGAAGAAUCGGGACGGCGCUGGACACCGGAUGCAUCUCGGGCGACUCGAGCACUUGCCGCCAAAUGUCAAAGUCCA